GGUGGUCGGCACAUUUCUGCUGAGUAAUGAGAGGCAGAACGGCAAAUAUGGAACCAAACAGCUUCACUCUGAGUUUUUCACUCUGGCUAAUGGAGACAGAAGGGAGCAGUGGGGCAAAAUAAUGGGUGAUGUUUUUGGACAGGGCAAAAAUGAGAACAUGAGGGAUGAUCAUAACCAUAUGGAGGAGGUUGUUUAUGACGGGGACCGAGUGAGCAAUAGAAGAAAGGAAGUUUAGGGAGUGUGACUGAAGAAAAGUAUUCGGAGGGGAGAAAAAGGAGAGAGAGGGGGGGGGGGGGGGGAGGGAGGUGGAGGAGGAGGAGGAAGCAGUCUUCUGUUUCACACAAUGGCGGUGAAGUUGAGCCCCUCAGAAGAAUUCUCCCAGCUGUGUCUGCACUCUGGAAUGUCGAGUCACUUCCUCUUGUCUGUCGUCCGCCGUGAUGAGGUUGUCCUCUGAUCCUCUGCGCCUUCCCUCUGCUCUGACAGCACUCUGAAGGACCGCCGGAGAACAAACCAGAGCAGACGAGACCCGUCCAGCAUUGGUGUGAGACUAGCAGAGAAAGCUGAGAAGAACCAAAAACAUCUCACCAGCUGCACCUUCUGAAAGAUGUUUCUCUUCCUUUAUAAGUCAGCAGAGCUGGGAAAUGAUUUGAAUUGACUGGGUUUGUGUCACCUCUUUGGUUUUACUGCUGACUGAUUUCCCUGCGUGUGUGUGUCUGCUGCGAGCGUGUGGGCGCCUGAUUUGUUUGUUGCGCUUCUCUUUUUUUCUGUUGUGUUUGCAAGUGGGGCCUUUUUGCUUUGGGUCAGGAGGAGGGUUAUUGUUUGUGGUUGAGCUCGACGCACGGUCAUUGCAUCAGGGGUGGCUCGUUCAUUCAGACACUGCAGUUGCUCCACUUUGGCUCUCCUGCCUCACUCCACUUUGUCGGUCUGCGUUCAUCGGAGGAACACACCAACCUGUGUUCAAGCGCCUUCAAGCCAAAAAAGUGAAACGGAGGAUUUUUACCAGUUGCGGUUUCCAGUGGACCUCUUGCUGAGGUUGGGGCAGGCAUGGAUGCUUCCUCCAACAGGAUGUGUGACCCAGAAUGGAGACCCAGGAAGUGUGAACUGAAAUAGUCUAUUUGUUGCUUUUUCUUGUUGCAGUUGAUGCUUCGUUCACAAAUAAAGGGAUUAUAACUAAGUAACAAGCAUUUGGUGAUGGUGACUGACAGAUGCAUAAUGACCUCUAAACCAGUUUGACGUGGUGAACUCACCACUUUGGGUUAUGUCAAAUUUUUCAUUUCACGUGGAGUAUUUCUACACAUCUAUUUUUCUCUGAGAUCAAUUGCCAUGGCUACGGCCGCGUGGUAUCAUCGUGACAUCAGCCGUGUCCACGCGGAGGACUUGUUGGCACGGGCGGGUAGGGAUGGUAGCUUCCUAGUGAGAGACAGCGAGUCUGUGCCAGGGGCCUAUGCACUGUGCCUGCUGUUCCAACGUCACAUUCAUACGUACCGGAUUCUUCCUGAUGCAGACGGCCUUCUCGCUGUUCAGACAACACAGGGAGUGCAGGUGAACUGUUUUCGCACACUGGAGGACCUGGUGUUGGGGUACCAGCAUCCUCACAAAGGCCUGGUCACUCCUCUGCUCUACGCUGUUGCUCGUGAUGCAGACACUGGAGACGAGAGCUCAGAUGAUGAGAAGCCACCCCCAUCUCAAACCAACACAGUACUUGUCACCCAGCCACCAACACCACCGGGACCUCAUAUAGUUUUCCUUGAUAAGUUGCAGGAGCUGAACACAUCCAGUAUGGCAAGUGAGGUGAUUAGUCUGCUCAAUGACUACCUCUUCAGCGAGUUGCCUCUCGACAUUGAGAAUGUACAUAAAGGGGCAACAAGUCUAUGUCACCUCCAGCGUACGUUGGGCACCGCCUGCCAAGGCCUAAACAGUGAGAUUGACCUGACGCUCUCAAGUCUGGAAACACUGGCAAAGGUGUUUGACCAUCCCAGCUGCCCUUUGACACACACCAAGGCACAGGGUCCAGAGAUGGAGUUAGACAAUCUGUUGUGCAAGAUUUCUGCAUUGGUCAGCCUUCUUUCUUCACUGGAGAAAAGGGUAUUAAAAGCACUACAAGAUGCAGUGACCAAUCAUAAUCUGGCAGUGCAGCCUAACCCACCGCCUCCUGAACCAACACCUAUAAACGUGACAUCUGUCAAAAACCGGGUGAGGCAGCUGCCUGUCCACUCCUUUCAGGUUAAGGUUGUGCGCUAUGGCAGACAGACUGUUUCUGUGGAUGUGGAUGAGGGAGUAGUGCUUUUUGACAAGAAGCCUAGUUCAUUUGGUGUCGAGAGAGUGUCUCACGACAGAAUCCUUCAGCUCGUCAAGUUCCAGGGCAGCCCAGCCAAGGUGUGCAUGGUGGUGGACAGUCAGUACAACGCACCACGAGAGCUGAUGUUUGAGAGUGCGCGGAAACGUGACGCCUUCUGUCAGCUCUUGCAGCUGAUGAAAACCAGGCAUUCUCAACUGAGAGAACCGGAUGUGAUCUCUGUGUUUGUUGGCACUUGGAACAUGGGCGGUACGCCUCCUCCUCGUAGCCUGCAGUCGUGGGUGACCUGUUGUGGUUUGGGACACACUCCUGAUGAGUCUACAGCCAUACUGCCUCAUGAUAUCUAUGCUUUGGGAACUCAAGAAAACCCUCAGGGUGAGAGAGAGUGGACAGAACACAUUAAAUCAACUCUUCGCAGCUACACGCACAUCGACUUCAAACAGGUGGCAGUGCAGUCCCUCUGGAAUAUGAGGCUGGCUGUGUUUGUGAAGCCAGAACACGAGAACCGCCUGAGCCAUGUGAACACAGCCAAUGUGAAGACUGGACUGGGGAACACGCUGGGAAACAAGGGAGCUGUGGGCAUCUCCUUCCUCUUCAGUGGGACAUCAUUUGGGUUUGUUAACUGCCACCUGACUUCUGGAAGUGAGAAAGUCCUCAGGCGGAACCAGAAUUUUGUGGACAUCCUCAGACUGCUUUCUCUGGGUGACAAACACCUUGGGGCCUUUGACCUCAGCCUGCGCUUCACUCACCUCUUCUGGUGUGGAGACCUCAAUUACAGGCUGGAUUUGGAUGCACAGGAUAUUCUGAAACAUGUGUCAAAGAGGGAGUUUGAGGAGCUGAUGUGUGCAGACCAGCUGAUGCGAGAGAGACACAAGAGGAAGGCCUUUUUUAAUUUCAAGGAAGAGAAGAUUGCAUUUCCACCCACGAGCAGAUACGAGCGGGGUUCUAGAGACUGCUACCUGUGGCAAAAGUACAAGUCUUCAGGGGUGCGAGUCAAUGUUCCAUCGUGGUGUGACAGGAUUCUGUGGAAGUCUUACCCAGAGACGCAUGUCAUCUGCACAGCAUACGGUUGCACAGAUGACAUCUUCACCAGUGAUCACUCACCCGUUUUUGCCACGUUUGAGGUGGGAGUGACAUCACAGCUAAACUCUAAAACAGAUUCAAAUUCGAGCACGGAAAGAGCUUGGGUCCAGCUCGACUGCAUCGAGGUUAUUGUGAAAACAGCAAGCAAAGCAAAGUUCUUCAUUGAUUUUCAUUCGUCGUGCCUGGAAGAGACCCGUCGUUCAAGUGAGAAUGACUCACAGAGCUGCGAUGUCCCGGGAUUUCUCAAACUAGGAUGGUCUUUCAAACAGCUGCCGAAGCUUCUUCCAGUUGUGUCAGACCUGGAGUAUCUUCAGGACCAGCACCUGUUGUUGUCCAUCAAGUCCUGUGAUGGAUUUGAGUCAUAUGGUGAAUGCUGUGUGGCUCUGCGUUCAUUAACUGGCACGUCACAACAGUUUGAGACGUUCCUGAGUCACCGUGGUGAGGAGAUGGGCUCCAUACGGGGCCGUGUCAAGGUCCAUGUGCCUGCAGAUAGACGUGAAACAAGGAAGAAAAUCUAUGAAUGGUUCUGUUUUGAGAAAGACGAAAAAGGUCUCCUUCUGGGUCAUGUGGGCCCUGCAUGUGUGCGGCUUCCCGUAAACAGGUCCUCAGCAGCUUCUCCGAAACUAACCCCAAGCAGCUACACCAAUCCUGCCUACUUCAUCUUUGAAGGUGUGCCAGUGGUACGCAGGGCGGAAGAAGCUCCGCUCCAGCAACGGCGCCCUCAGGUGAUCUGGUCUGGAGACAAAGCCUUACAGCUCCCAAAGAUCUCAGCGCGGCAGGGCUUUGACAGGAGGCCCUCUCGUCAGUCAGACUUUACAGAGAUUGAAAUUCCAGCUGUUCUCUCAUCCUACACAUCAUCCAUCGAGCUUCAUACUCCACAUACCAACUCCUCCUAUCAGCUUUUCCCAGCCAAGGCCUCAUUCUCCAUACCUCCAGCCUCAUGUAGCAUUACAUCACAGGGCCAGGAACAGGCUUUACAAUCCAGAGAAAAACUCCAAAGUAAAAAGAUUGUUCAGGACUCAAUACUUCCACCUAACAACCUGAAGAACAUGUAUAUGAACCAAUCAGAAAUCAUUAGGGAAAAAACAAGAAUGGACCAACAUCACCUUCUCCCAGAGAAGACAAGUCCUGUUCAGUCAGCCAAGGUCUCAUCGAUUCUACCCUACAGCUCCACUCACCUGCCACACCGUCAGGGAAGUGUUUCCUGGAUAAUGGCGCAGAAGCCCACUGGACAGAUAGGAGACAACUCUCUUACUGCUCUGCAAAUUGCCAAAUCACUCAGCGAAGUUGACUUCUUCCCCUCAGAGCAGACUGUUCCAUCCGUACCUAACCACAGGCCAAGUUACAGAAAUGGUCUGGCAGUGCCUGGAGACAGGGGGUACAGCUGGGAAAAAGAGGUGCCAGUUCUUCAAGGUGCACCAGAGACUGUACGGGAGCUCCUCAGUACUCUGGGACUUCAAAAGUACUGUCUGGGGCUCAGCCUCAGUGGCUGGGAUGAUCUGGAUUACUUCAGUGGUAUUACAGAGGAAGAUCUUUGUGCUGCAGGAGUUAUGAACCCGUCACACCGGCGAAGGAUCCUUGACAACCUCCCGAGGAACUGGAACUAACUUUCUAGAAAGGAAAGUCAUGACAGUGUCAGACAUGACAGUCAGUUGAAAUUGAAUUAAAAUGGGAAAUUCUGGUGGGACUGAAUGGACAAUCAAUAAACAGCAGGGAACAGACUUACUCAAAUGACUAGAGAGGCAGGUUGUAUACUGGCAUACGCUCACCCCCACAAAAAAACAUCACAGUCAACAACAACAAAAAAACAACAGACUGAAGUAAUGCAGUUAGCAGUCAGAAUCCAAAAAUACUGAUUGAGCAGAGGUUCGUUACUGGUAGCAGCAUGAACCAGGCUUGGCAGGAGUGCAUGUGACAAAUGGAAAAGUUGUUAUAAAUGUCAAACAAAAUAAUAAUAAAUGUACAUGUCAAACUGGAAAUAAUGGAUGAGUGAAAGGAAUGCAACAUAUGUCUACAUACGUUCAACCAUUUUUUGUAAAGAUUUUCAAAUGAAGGAAUAUGUCUGUAUAUGUAUAUAUAUACACAUAAUAAAUACUGACUUGAAUCAUGCCUUAA